AUGGAGACGCUAUGUGCUCCUAUAGCGAAAGGAGGAAAGAAUGUACUUCACCUCAAGAGCCAUAAUGAAGCCAUCAAGCUCAAAUGGCUGAAAUGCCUACUCGCCCCAAUAGAAACAAGACCUCAGUGGGCAUUCUUCGCGAAUGCCAUUCUAGCGAAAGCAGCACUAAACUCACCCAUAGUUAAACAUAGCGCCAAGAUCAACCCAUUCCUCCAGACUUGGUCCCCGUCCCAAAAGAGGCUACCCUCCCACCUCCGUCGAAUCAUCCAAACCGCAAAGAAAUACGGCACCCGUUGGGAGGCCAUCACCAUCAAUCCUUCCAUCGCAAGGGAACUACCAGUGUGGUUUCACAUUGGCGCUUCGGCGGACCUAAAUAAGUUGAACAACCACCUAUACGCGGCAUGCUUAAGAGACAAUCAUCUCGCCACCUCCGUGGGCCAUAUUGAAGCAAUAGCUAACAGGAACUCACCGCUCCAUAGACAAAAUAAAAACUGCACGUGUAACCACUGCGCACAAGACCGAACAGAGUCGAGGUGUGAAAAACCCUACAAAUGCACUAAAUUAGCACAAAGUAUCCUCCGGUGCAUCUUACCAAAGUGGCAUCCACUGACGAGCUCCCCGUCCUACUCGCUCAACAUAGCACCUGAGCAAAUCACUGACGAAACAGAUGAAAACGACCAAAACACAAUGGUAUUUGACCCUACUUACCCAUCCCCAGACUCGCUGUCCUCCGGGUUCAGAGUCUUUGUGUCUUCUAACACGCCGUGCAACACACCAGCAAGCCAAGCACCUAAACCACCCGGUGAACAACCACAACUGUCCAUUAUAACCAUCGCCGAUACUCACAAAGUGGAUAAGGAUGGCUUCCACAUCUCAGGAGGCGGAGCAUGGUUUGGGACGAACGAUCCUCGCAAUAAGUCCAUCAAAGUGCCGGAGCACCUCGCAGCACCUGGCGCCGGAGAAAUAGUUGCCAUACUCUCAGUAAUAUCAACUCUUCCCAUUAACGUUUCCUUACAACUAAUGAUCAAAUUAUCCGUCCUCCGGAAAAGCCUCACCACUAACCUCGCGAACCUCGAGGACAUUGACUGGUUGGACCACCCCAACAAGACACUGAUGAAAUCUUUAGUUGCCAAACUAAGAAAACGAUGCGCACUUACCACGCUGACGGACGUUGGCAAAUCGACAGAUAAAGCAAGCUACAAACACGCUAUUGAUCUAGCGAAAAACGGCAUGAUCAAGGAUAAGCACGACGAUAUCAUGAUUAAGGUCGACGCACCAGAUGAACUAUUCGGAGUAAAACUGUGCAUAGGCACCCAACGCCUCUUCUUUAAGAACAUUAGGAACAUACAGAGCAAAAGCAAGCAAAGGAGAGAAACUAACAUGAAUAUGGCAAGAACUCUGCACGCAGUCGGCGAAGUAAACGAUACAACCCCUAUAAGCGAUCAAGUCUGGCUAUCCAUUAGAAACAAGGACAUCCCUAAAAACAUACGAGGUUUCCUUUGGAAAAGCCUACACGGCGCCUACAAGAUAGGACAAUUCUGGGAUAAAAUACCUCAGUUUGAACAUAUAGGACAAUGUGGACUUUGCCGCAUACCUGAAUCAAUGGAGCAUAUUCUCCUAGAUUGCGGCAAAUCGUUAGCAUCAAGAGUAAUCUGGAAAGCAGCCAAAGACCUAUGGCUUAAGCGAGAAACCAGUUGGCCAGAAAUAAGCUUCGGCACAAUACUAGGGUGUAACUUGAUGACCCUUCGCAACUCAGACAGUAAAACGAAAGUAGGAGCCACCAGGUUGUUCAAAAUCUUGAUCCUUGAAUCAGCCCAUCUCAUUUAUUAA